AUGAAAGCUAAAGCACCAUUAAGCAGCAUUAGCAUGAACCAAUAGCUUCCACCUAGGAGUUUAUCAUAAGCGUAGGACAAACAGACUUAAUAAAAGAGUAAAUUGAGUUUGAGUGACGCAGUAAAGACAAGCAAUAGCUCUAAAAUAAAUAAUAAGGAAAAUUUGAUAUAAAGCUCAGCUUGUGUCUCAAAUACUACAAUAAGCGAGUCACAAUCAAGAAGAUCACUCUCUAUUUCAGGCUCUAACCAUAAUAUAAGCUAAAACAGCUGUAGUAAUACUAGCAGCUUGCUAAAGCAAAAUAACAUGUCAUAAGCUUUAAAGUAAAGUUAGUUGUAUACUAAAUAAUCGAUUAUAUAUAAAUGCUUAAAGUAAGGCUUAGAUGAUUUAGUAUGCGAAAAGCAUUCUAAUCAAGAAUAUAAUUACUUUUGUACAACAUGUAAGACUCUCCUUUGUCAUUACUGCUUAAAUAGCGAUAUGAGUAGCUCAGAAGAAAUUGAUCACAGUGAUCACUGGUUUUUGAAUGUUCAUUAAUUUAUGGAUUAUCCUGUUUUAUCAUUUUUAGAAAAUAAUAAACUGCUCUGUGAAAUCGUUUCUUAAAGCUAAUUCUUGUUUUAAAAGAUUAAAGACUAAACUGAAUGCUCUAAAAAGGUCUUAAAAGAAUACUUGAAUAGUCUUAUGUAAUGGAUGUAGAAGCAGAUAACAUAAAUUUAAGAUACAUUUGAUAAGUAGAUAGGUUUAAAACUUGAUGGUAUUCAAAAAUAAAUAGAUUUUAUUCAAGAAAUUUCAAGUAUUUACAAAAACGAAUGGGAUAACUGGAUAGGCUCUAAUGAUAUUUAAUCAAAGUAGGAUUUAGAAGAUCUAUGUAAAAAAUUUAUUGAAAACAGUGAUGACCCAUAACAAUCAAUUAAGCACAACUACGAAGUACUUAAUGACAUAUUAAAAAGUAUUCCUGAGUUAAAUAUUCAGGGAUUUAAGGAUCUUUAUUUUAGAGUGACAGAUAGUUUUAGAUUUUCUUACGAUUACUUGAUAACCCCAAAAAUGACAUAAAAUAAUAAUUAAAAUAACUUGCUAUAAGGUUUCAAAUAAACUAAAGUUCAAAUCCCUGAUUCUCUCAUACAAUUAUAAAAGAGUAUCGAAAGUAUUUAACGUUAAUAUUCUAAUCUUGAAGUUGUAUCUGACUUUUCUAGUAAUGAGGCUUUUAAAAUUCAAAAUAUUAUUCCACUUUGUGAAGGUGAAAGUGAUAAAAUACUGGCAGUUGGAAGUGAUUCUCCCAUAGUAAAAUUUAUUUCUGUAAGCAAAAAGCGCUGUUUAAAUACUCUUAUAAGAAAUGAAAAUGAAUAAAUUAAUAGCAUUAUACCAUUAAAAGACAAAAAGCAUAUCGCUUUGUGUACUAAUAACUAUUUCGAAUUGUUCUCAUUGCAGACAGGAAAAGCAAUAUUUAGGGAUAAAAUGAAUUGUAUCUAGGCUUGCGAGAUUCCAUCUUCAAGAAUAUUAGUUGCUGACACUAAUAAUUUACUAUAUGUAUAUUCAUUUGAAAAUCUUAAAAAUGUUUAAAAAGUUGCUACUUUAAAUCCUAACAUUUUUGCUAGUGCAAUAGAUUUUACAAUUCUUCCUUCCGAUAUAGUUAUUCCUAACUCAAGAUAAUCAUUAGGAGAUUAAGAAAUAAUAGCUAUUGCUGAUAAUAACUUUUAUUCUUCCCAAUAUUCUACAAAUUAAUCAAACAAAUAAAAAUGUGUAAUUCAAUUAUGGGACAUACAGUCUUUGUAACUUAUAAAAUUUCUUCAAUGUCCGCAAUUAAAUUCAGGUAUUUUAAAACUUAAAUUUCUUAAAAUGUCUGACAAAGAAAAAAAUCUCCAUCACUUACUUCUUGCCUUAACUAAUGAUUCUAAAAUCUUAGUUUGGAACUACGUUAAUUAAAAUUAACCUUCAGCAGUUAUUAAUUUAAUACCUGGAGAACAAAAUUAAACUUAAUAUAAUUCUACUAAUUCUUUUAAAUCAGUUAAUUCAUCCAAGUCUAACCCCUAAUAAUAACAAUCCCUAAAUGUAUAAAAUUUUGAUCUUUUAGACGAUGACAAGAUAAUUUACUCACUUGGCUCUACAAUUCUGAUAGCCUCUAUUUAUCAAGCUAAAAUAUUAGGAUGUUUUUGUCAUGAUUCGAUUGACGGAACAACUUAAACCUGCUAAUAUGAAAAUUUUAAUGAUUUCGAACAGCUUUAAAGUAUAAGUAAUUAAUAUAAAUCAGCAUAAAAUGGUAAAUCAUGCUCAUAAUUCACAAGCCUGAUAUUGCUUGGAAAAAAUAGCUAAACAGAACCUAUUAUUUUAGCAAGUAAAUAUAACCCCUUAACCAAGAAAUCAUAAAUCGAAAGUUUUAAAAAAUGA